CACAUGCAUGAGCUCUGCUCGAAAUGAACCCCCUCAGCUCUUGCUCCACUGGCGGACCCUGCACCUGUGCCAGCGCCUACAAAUGCAAAGACUGCAAAUGCACCUCCUGCAAAAACAGCUGCUGCUCCUGCUGCCCCGUGGGCUGUGCCCGGUGUGUCCAGGGCUGUGCCUACAAAGGAGCAUCGAACAAGAACAACUGCUCUGAAUGA